UCGCAUGCCACUACGAGACUGAGUGGCACGUGCGAGCUUUCGUCGCGUCACGACGCGUGUAUCUCGCGAGUUUAUCCCCGAUUGGAAACAUCGUUUCGUUUCGUUCCACUUCGUUCCGGCCGAUCGCCCGCUUUCCUACGCGAGUUCAGAAUGUCCUACAACGUGUCAGUCUCGUCGCCCUGCUCGACGCCGUAUCUUGGACCGAGCCUGGCGCAGAGCUGUCCCGGAUCUCAGUUCCUCACGUUCAUGACCCUCCUGGACACGUUCAUUCGAGCCCAGGAUAAAAUAUCUCAGCUGUGCGAGAGAGUGAGACCCGUGGAUCCACCGGAGUACUACUACGACUUCAUCGUGGUUGGCGGAGGAACAGCCGGAUCCGUGGUAGCAUCCAGGCUCAGCGAUAUCCCGGAAUGGAAAGUUCUGCUGCUCGAGGCCGGGCCCGACGAGCCACCUGGUGCCGAGGCGCCGAGCAUGGUGGCCAUGUUCCUAGGCUCCGCGAUCGACUGGCAAUAUCGGACCGUGAACGAGAGCAACGCCUGUCUGGCGACCGGAGGAUCCUGCAGCUGGCCAAGAGGCAAGAACCUCGGCGGCACGUCGGUUCACAACGGGAUGAUGUACACGCGGGGGCACCCCAAGGAUUACGACAACUGGGCAGCGAUGGGUAACGAAGGUUGGUCGUGGAACGAGGUCUUGCCGUAUUUCAUGUGCUCGGAGAACAACACGGAGAUCAAUCGCGUUGGACGUAAAUACCACGCCACCGGCGGGUUGCUCAACGUCGAGAGGUUUCCUUGGAGACCUAACAUUUCCAGCGACAUCCUCGCUGCGGCGGUGGAGAGAGGAUACCCGCUCACGGAGGACCACAACGGUGAUCACUUCCUCGGGUUCACGGUCGCUCAGACGACGAGCAAGGACGGGGUUCGACAGAGCAGCGCGGCUGCUUUCCUCCGUCCGUUCCGUCACAGACGAAACCUUCAGGUGGCUCUCAACGCCACUGCCACGAAGAUCAUUAUCGAAAACGCGAAGGCGGUCGGCGUGCAAUAUUAUCAACACGGUGAAGUUCGGACAGCUCGAGCAUCUCGCGAGGUAAUCGUCUCUGGCGGAGCUGUCAACUCCCCUCAACUCCUAUUGCUCUCCGGAAUUGGACCAAAGGAGCAUUUACAGGCCGUGAACGUGAGCGUCGUUAAAGAUCUUCCGGGUGUCGGAGAAAAUCUACAGAAUCACGUGUCGUUCACGUUGUCCUGGACGAUAAACGUGCCAAACGCAUUCGAGCUGAACUGGGCGUCGGCUUUGGAGUACGUCGCCUUCCAGAGAGGACCCAUGUCGUCAACAGGUUUAGCCCAAUUAACCGGCAUUCUCCCGUCCUCGUACACCACUCGCGAUCAUCCCGAUCUUCAGUUCUUUUUCGGCGGGUAUCAGGCUUCCUGUGCCACCACGGGAGAAGUGGGUGCUCUCAUGUCCGACGGACCUCGCAGCAUAAGCAUCUCGCCGACGAAUAUUCGACCCCGCAGCAGAGGAACUCUUCGGCUGGCUAGCAACGAUCCUCUCCAGAAGCCCUUGAUCCACGGAAAUUAUUUGAGCGACCCAAUGGACACGGCUAUUCUCGUCGAGGGUAUUCAGAUAGCCUUGUCGCUCGGCAACACUAGCGCCCUGCAGAAAUACAAUAUGACGCUUAGCAACGCUCCUCUGUCUGCUUGCUCGCGGUAUCAGUUCGCGAGCAACGAGUACUGGAGCUGCGCCGUGCGCCAGGACACAGGACCAGAGAAUCAUCAGGCAGGAUCCUGCAAAAUGGGCCCGGCUUCGGACCACAUGGCCGUGGUGGACCCGAAAUUGAGGGUACACGGUAUCAGAGGGCUGCGAGUCGCCGAUACGUCCAUUAUGCCACAAGUGAUUUCCGGUAACACGGCCGCUCCAGCGUUCAUGAUCGGCGAGAGGGCAGCAGCGUUCAUCAAGUCCGACUGGGGUGCUACGGAGACACAAUGUUCCCGUUCCACGAUCGACAACUCGUUGGAUCUGUUGCUUUGGGGGCUGAAAUACAUCGACUGGGACCAGGCUGUCUGGUAGUCAAGACCCUCUAGAUCUAGUCCAUGAUUUAACGGGUUUCUUUCGAUGGAAAUUACGUCACCGUGAUGCCCGUGCAACUUCACCAAAGAGAACGGAGAAUCAACGAACAUUGGCACUAGCCAAUCCAACUACUUAACGCGAAUUAAUCUUAUUACUUUUACAUACCCUCUACUUCUUUACUCCAAGUGCCCUGUCUCGUGUCGCGAGUCUAUAGAAUUGGAUUUUAUUUAAAACGUGUCCUAGUUAUGCGCGUAAUGCCCGCUGACUUUCGGCAUUUUAUUCGACCGCCAUUCGAAAUAGAUGCAUUUAUGUUUGCGCUGCAACUAAAGUUUCUCCUAUGAACGAGGUCGCGGGAUUCGGUAUAAUUUUAGACGGCGAAGCUAUCGUCCACGGUAAUCUCGAAAUUAGUCGUAAGCUGUUUGCUAAUGUUACCUAGAGCUACCUAGAGCUACCUAGAUCCGUACAAAAGAAGAUCCAAAUGAUCCUUUGGCAACCUUUGUGCGCAGUAAUUAUAACAUUUUUAUGCGCAUACCUGCUACUAAUUACAUUAAGCGAGACGUACUACGGAAAAUGACUCCUGUGCUUACGAGUGUAGUGACUCGUGUGGCGAUUAUCUUAUCUUAUCUUACUGUAUCAACGUUGAAAUAUAAACAUACCAAAGAAAUGUAAAUUGAUAUUACCGAAUUAGUACCGAGUCAAUAUGCCGGAUUAUAAUUACAGUUUGUUCUGCAGUUUCAUCUACCAUCUCCUUUAAAUUUGCAUUAUUUCGCAGCUAUUUUGCACCACUCUCUGUAUCCGCUAAGCGUGAAAUAGCAGUUAUCGCGCGACACUCGAAUUAAGCUUGCAACUCUCUUUAACGUAAAUAUCGGUGAAACUUGUUGUCAAAGAACACAGUGGGAAUAAUUUUUAAUACAGUUCUGAUUUGUCCGUUCGUUCUAUCCCGCUCGUGAUUACCUCAUGCACCGAGUUUGCUUAUCUCUCCCAAUUAUUACUAAAACUCCAUUUUUCUUUCACGAAUUGUCUCGCUGAAACAAUUCCCCGGUCGGAUCUGCCAUUCCCAGUCAUAAGUCGAGUAACGCAAGAAUUGUAAAUUAUCUUCCCAUGAGCACCGCAUAUGCGCAACUUCAUCUGUAACCUUUCUAUUUCGCUGCUUUAUAUAGUUCCCACCUCCUUAUCUAUGAAUUCAUAUCUUUAACAUAUUCCUCUCUCCCUUCUUGGCUGUUAGCUAAACACCCGUUUCGAUAAUACUCGAACCCGUUACGCUUUUUACUCUUCAAAUAAAGAAUCGUAACGCUGGCUACCUGAAAACACCAUGGCGCCACUAUACUUUUAUCGAAGGACGAACGUGAAUUAUUACAAGUUCCCUUUUCUUCUUUUCCUUAUUUUUUGCGCAUUUUCACCCAAAUCCGGUGCUAGCCUGGUCGUCCGAAUAUAUAUUUGGGGACCAAGCCUGUACGAGGGUUAGCCAUUGUCUCUGGAUUUCACUUUCCGUCCCUAAUAUCGAUCUAAUAACUGUAACAGACCUCUUCACUCGCUAUUUCCCUCGUUGAUUUACUUCUCCCCUCGCGAGUUUGCAGUCCUUCUCUCUCUCUCUCUCUCUCUAUCUCUAUCUCUCUCUUCGCUGCCCCUUUCCUUUUCCUUCGCGCAUAACCAUAGGCGUUAUAUAUCGAUGGCGGUCGAAGGGCCCAAAGUCAGUAGGCCCAAAGACAAAUUGGUCGUUGAGGAGUCUGGAGAGUAUUCGGAGUCUUGCGCCGAGUUUGCGAACAAGAGCGCUUGUCCAUCCAUUAUAAGCCAAUAUGCCAUUUCGACGAGAAACGUAACCAACGUACGUCACGCUGAAUUAUGAAGAAAAUUUGAAUUAACGAAUGAAAGUUUCAUCCAUAAGCAACGAUACGUGUCUCCGUAUAGAGUAUAGAGCCGAGAAAAUUCAGCGGAACGGGAGAGAAUCUCGCAUAGUUUUAAAGUUUAAGGAGUGACUUCUGCCUUGUAUAGUGUCUUGAGGUUUCCUGGAUAGGACAGGUGGUGCGAGAGAACACGUUCCUUAUACAUUCGAUGUUGAAACCCGCUCCUCUCGUGUACCGAGAA